GCGGGUCCUCCCGCGGGAAGAGGCGGGCCACGGCCGCCUCGCCCGCGGCUCCGUGAGCGGCGCCGCAUUCCCGGGAGCCCCGGGCCAUGCCGCUAUGGCGACUGCUACUGCUGCUGUUGCUCCGCGGCCUGGCGGCGGCAGCGCCCCCUACAGACUCUCCAGCCCAGCUGCCAGCACCCCAGAACCUGAAGAUUCUCCUGUACAACACAGAGCAGGUUCUGAGCUGGGACCCCGUCUCGCCUCUCAAUGAUGCCAAGCCGGUGACCUACCAGGUGCAAUUCAAAUACACCAGCAGCCAGUGGAGUGAUGUGAAACGUGGCCAUCCGCCCAAUGUCGACUGCUCAUUUAUCAUGGCUACCGUCUGCAACUUCACAGCUGGCAAAGGCUUCCCGUAUUAUUUCAACAUCUCACUGAGGGUCCGCGCCCGGCAAGACUCUCAUACCUCGGCCUGGACCUCAGUGCCCUGGUUCCAGCACUACCGAAAUGUUACCAUCGGGCCUCCGAAAAACCUAUCGGUGACAUCCAGAAAAGGCGCCCUGUUCGUCACCUUCUCUGCACCCUUUAAUAAAAUUGACCACAACAGGGCUUCCUUCCAAUAUUUUGUGCAAUAUGGAGAAGAGGCAGGAACCCCAAAGGUCAAAGGCCCAUUCAAGAGCAACUAUAUUAAGCUGACAGAUGUGAGGCCUGAGCGUGUCUACUGUGUACGCGUCUGCGCCCAGCUGUACUCCGAACGAUUGACACCGUCAGCCCAAGGCCUCUACAGCAACACCACCUGCACCCAGAUCCUGCCAGAUGACUCCUCACAGAUGCAGCAAGUCAUCUUUGUCAUUGCUGUCACCUUCCUGGGGCUGAUCUUUCUGUUGGGGAUCUGUUUCUUCCUGAUCCUGAGAUACGGGGUCUACUUCAAGCGCUGGUUCCACACUCCGCCCAGCAUCCCCCUGCAGAUAGAAGAGUACCUCAAGGACCCUGCCCAGCCCUUCACUGAGACCUUGGACCAGGACAAUUCCCAGAAGGAGGACUCCUGGGACCCCGUCUCCAUCGUCUCCAUGUCUCCAUCGUCUCAUGUCAACACAGACUGAAAAGCUCUUUUCCCAAAGCACUUUGCACAGAAGCCAGUUGGGGACUCACUGCUGACUUCCUGCCUGCCCACGCUCCUCCCUGACCCUGCUGCAGAAAGGCCCUGGGGGUAGGGCUGGAGUGACUACCG